CUCUUCCGAACGAAAACACGUGGGUUAUUCACAGAUAUGAUAAUCGUACGUUUUCCUCUGGAACAAAGCACUUAGCUUAGUGAUUAAAUAAGGAGACGAAAAUGAAAGUGUGAAAAUUAUUGCCGAUCACAGACUUGGGUAAGGAAAGCUCACUUGGGCAUUUAGUUUAGUGGCAGACAUGAACGGAAAAGAAAGAUGGAAAGUAUACAAAGAAAGACCGGGUCUUUUCCAUAUAUCUCUAACUGCAUCACAAAACCCACCAGCUCAACAAAUCAAACACCGAAUCAAAGUGACAGAGAAACUCAUCCGUGAUUUUCCUGAAGGAUUCACGAAUAAAGCUGCACGGAACCUCCUGGGAGUUUUAUAUUUUUACGAUGGACAAUAUUUCCAGGCUGUCGAAACGUUUGAAAGUAUUUUGGAACAUCAGCCUGACUCUUUAACUGCUUUGGCUAAUGUUGCGUUUGUCUAUCAACGUCUGAAGCAAAAUUCGAAAGCAACGAAAUAUCUAAGCGAUCUUUCAGAUGAACAAGACCAAGAGAAAAGUGGAAUAAGUUUGGCAGAUCAAGCAUUUGCAUUCAUCUUUGAUUGUUAUAUGGAAAAAGACGUGAUAGAAAGAAACAAAUUACCCAAAGAACUUUUAGUCCAAAGUCUGGCGAUGCUCAAAAAAUGUAACGAUCAGCAAACUAUCAUGGAAAUUAAGUUUUGGUUGGGCCAGACAUACUACCGCCUUUCUACACAAUGUUACAGACGUAAGGGUAUGGAAGAAGUGGAAAAAGAAUAUGUUUUAAAAGGCUUUAAUGAGUUAGUAGAAAUUAUAAAUAUGACUGACAAGACAGAAUUAUGCGUUUGUAAUGGAAUCGUUUCCACUACGUGGAGUUUUCUUGGCUUGUUACUCUCGCGAAAAGAGAAGAUAGAUGAUAAAAUAAAGAACCGCAUAGAAGAACUAGAUUUAUUGCAAUACCUUGAUAACCCUGAAUCAUGUUUUAAAAAAGGAUUGGAGCAAGCGAAAGUCUCCACCUCGGAUGGUUCCAAUUUAUCUGGCCCUCCUACUGAAUUAUUAAUCCGAUACGCACUGUUUCUAAAGAAUGAAGAUCGGUUAACAGACGCUCUUGAAAAACUCAACGAAGCAUUGGAGAUUGACAAUUCACAAGGAAACUGGUUCGCCUUAACACUGAAAGCUGGAGUAUUGAGACGACUGGAACGGAUAGAUGAGUCCAUUGCAGACCGCAAAUUGGCAUGUUCUUGGAAUGCAACUUCAAUGGAUCUUUGUGAACUAGCUAAGGCAUAUCAAGCUAAGUACGUGUUAUGCGAAGACAAAAACAGUAAGAUAGCACAGGAACACCUUUUGAACGCGUCUGACUGUUUUACCCGAUCGGUUCUAUCACUUGGACAAGAAAAAAGGCCCGAAAUCCACCGCGCGCACGGUAGAUUUCUACGCGAAAUAGGAGAAAUCAAAGAGGCUAUAGAAUGUUUUAAAAGGGCAAUGGAGGUUGAUACUGCAAACAAGGCUAAAACAAGUUUUUGUCAGUUGUUUGAAACGCUGCUUUUAUAUUACAGGAGAAGCCAAAAUAGUGAGAGGAGGAAAAUAAUGCACGAAAUGACAUAUUUUUAUGACGUCACAUUGCGAAAACACGGAGAAUUAACAAAAGAAACCGAACAAUUCCUAACGAACUAUGAAGAAGAAAUGGCGACUCUGACGGCAUACCUUAAACAUAGUAGAUCCGAUCCGCAUUUUAAUGUCAAUGGUAAAAGUGUGUCUGAUAUCAUUACUUCAGUGGUAAAAGAGGAUGCUUUUCAAAAAUGGCUCAUUAUAGUAGAAGAAAAGGAAACGUACUUAAUAGACCAAGAAGAAACGAAACUUGCCGAAAAGAAAAAUAAUCUGUGUUUGAAGUGUAGAGGUCCCGUGAUCGAGCGACAACUCUCGGUUUUUCCCGACCCUCGUGCGAAACCACGAAGUCUGAAGUACCCGUAUGACUUCUAUGUGAUAUUCUCUCCGACGGACAGAGAUUGGGUGUGUCAUAUUCUAUUAGAAACGUUGGAAGUGUCAUAUGGCUACAAAGGAGCAAUUGCAGAAAGAGACAUAAGACCGGGAUCAACUGAUAUUUACGAACGCGUAAAACUUAUUCAGAAUUGUUCCAAAAUACUUGUGAUUCUUGGCCAAGAAUUUGAAGGAAAUCUAGAGUGUGAAUAUGAGUUGUCCCAUGCCCUGAAAAGGAAGCAUGAAGACAACUUGGAAAAUGUCCUGAUUCCGAUUCUUCGUACUGUGGACGGACUUCAUCAGAGCUUAAGAACAAUAACUUUUCUGGAUGCGGUGGAUGAUUGUGAUUGGAACAAGCUUAUCAAAGCUAUGGAGUCAAUGCCAUGAUAUACUGUAAACUCCUAAUCAAAUGCGAGGAACUAAUUUUCGCUGUUGAAGAUCAACAAAAAGUCUCAUGUUUGUUAACCGGGUUUUCCAACGGAA